GUGCAAACACCCUAAUUGUUGCCAACAAAUUGGCCACACAAUCUGAUCCGUUGAGCAAGAUUCGCGCGUGCUUGUGUUGUUUUCGUGUAAAAUUUGUUUAAAAGAAGUGAUUUGUUACCGGGCUGGCUAAUAAAAGUUCUUUGCGGUGCCAAAAAUUCAGCGGAGAAGCUGAAAAUCCCAAAGAAUGGCCCUGCAAAAUGGCGAAAUGUAGAGUAGACCAAACCCACCCAAUUGCAGUGCGUGCACUUGUGCCUGUUUGUGUGAGUGAGUAAGCUACCGCGAAUUGUGUGAAAAGAAAAUAAAAUAAUUAUUGGUAAAACCGGGAUACGUGCUGAAACUAUAAUCUGGCUGCACCUAAAAUAUGCGGACCUGGACAUACGAAUAGCGAGGACCAGCAGAAGAACAUUGCAUAACAACGAAAGGAAAGGGCUGAGGGUCAUCCUUGGAAUGUGAAAAAGUGAUGACAUUGAGACACGGAGACCCACACGGGACCACCACCAAAUAGAGAGCAAGAACAAUGGAAACCGAAAUCGAAAACAAAUCCGAUAAGGAAAUAGCUAUGAUAACCAACCAAGAGACUGAAAACGCGGCCAUAAUAGCAGGUGGGGACGAGUGUUCGAGGGCUGCAUUGGAGGCCCCAAGCAGAACUACUCCCACCCGAGAAAACACAACGAAUCCUUUGAAACUAGAUGGGACUUUUGCCAUUCCAGUUGCGCCCUCCAGCAAGGUGGGCUUGACUGCCAAUGCGGUGAGCAGCAGUCGAAGCAGUUCCCUCAAGAAGCAAAAUCGUAUAUCCCAAGACAAAUCAAAUGCGAAUGGAUUGGAGAGUGGAAGGGGACGUCGCUCCAGCGAGAACUUUCUCAACAGCGACCUUCUGAAACAGUCGCACUCGAUGAUGUCUCUGCAGGCCCCCAGCGAAGAGCACCUAGAGCGUCGUAGUGUCGUUCAAACAAAAAUCCAUCUAGAAAGACCAUACCACAGCCUUAAGAAGAACUCACAGAGCGGGAGCAGCAACAAGAUGCAUCGGUAUUCUUGGGGCAGCGGACACAGCAGUUCCAACAGCCUCCACAGCAAUGCCACCCUGGGAUUGGGCUCCUCGGGCAAGGACGACCUGUGGGCGGCCAUUCAAACGAACUACAACUACAUCAUGGACACCAACUUACUGGAUACGUGCAAGGAGGCUCGAUGUGAAAUCGAGGGCGCCGCUGCAGUGUCGGAAAAGUCCAGAGAGGGCUGCGUAAAGAUGGCUGACGACACGCAACCCAAAGGCUUUAGUGAGGAUCCCAAGGAGCUGCGUCGCUGGCUUCGUGAAAUGGAAAAUAAGUUGGAAACUUCGCCGACAAUUUCGGAGUUAACCUUAUUUGGCAACGCGGAGCUGCAGCGGCAUUUAGCAGUGCACUCGGUGUUGUACCAUGAAAUUGUAUCACACGCUCGCGUAGUGAGCUCUUGCAUCCGCGCCGCCGAAAAGGAGCACCAACUCCAGCUGCAGCAAUUACAUUUGCAAAAGCAACACCCAAAGUUGUCGAGUCAACAGCCCGCUUCAUUGACCAGCAAUUGUUCGAGUGAGUCAACCAGCGAGUCGGGCACUAAGUCGAGCAGCCUCAGUAGUGGCUUUGUCUCCGACGAGGUGAACACAUCCAUCACAGCAAUAGCAAUAAAAUCUACUCAGCCGCCCAGCCACUCACACCACUCGCACCACCCGCCCCACCCAAAAAAAGGCGAUGGAAAUUUGGAGCGGCUGCGCGACCGCUAUCACUUAUUGUACUUAAAGGCGUUUGAGUUGCAACUCUGCCUGGACAACUUGCUGAGGAAGCGCAGCUCCAGAUCAAAUGGUUUGGAUGACGACGACGAAAACGAACAGGAGGAUACCGAAGACGAUUCUUUUGGCUACGAGGAAGAAGCUUGUCAGGACGAAGCUACCGAGGACGACAGCAACGAUCUAAACUCCGAUCUGGAUCUUGAGAACACUUAUCCCAAGUCGUCCAGCCCGGUUGAGUUCAUCCUUCAACGCUGCAAGAUAACAGCCACGCAAAUUGACUGCAAACCGCCCACGUCCCCAGCCCAGGCCAUCCCAUCGCAAAAGGAGCCGUUGCCGACUGAUCAGCCUCGCGAUUGUCUUGCACCACUAAAGCCCGGCGAUGAAGCCGACGAGGAGCUAGACGACGAGGACGAUGAUUCCAAUCUGCCAGGCUCUGACGUGGUGGAUUUUUUGAUUGCCAAGGGAUCCUGGCGGCAAACGAACCACCCGAAACCAAACUCCGUUGGGUGCCCCACAUUAAGCGGCUUCGAGGCUGAUUCGGAGAGCAGUGACUUUGAGCAGAUUGGUACUUCGCCUGUGGUCACGGGUCACAGCCAAAGGAUUGCGAAUCAGAAAGAGAUGCCCCAGAGUAGUAGCAGAAGCAGUAACUUUAGCCAUUUGUUGCUCCCCCGCAAUAUCAGCAAUAGUGCGUUGCCAAACAUGAUGCGUAAGAAAAACAUUGCUGUGGCUGUAAUAACGCCCAAUUCGCAUGGAAACACCAGCACUGGUGUUUCCUUACGUCACGGGCUAAGUCACGAUACAAAUAAAUCACCAGUGGGGUUGCGAAAGUCGCGAAAAAACCACACCGAUAUCUCGAAAUUCAACCGCUCCAAUCGCAAGUCAAAGAACUGCGCAAUUUUCUACUUCAAACACCGGGAUACGGACCACGAGCAAAGUGCAAAUACAGCUGGGAGUGAUCUCCAGAGCGAGGAAGAUCGAAGCCAGGUCUGCCAGCAGCGAUCAUCUGCUGGAGCUGGAGACACACUGAAAUCGGCUGAUGUCUCAACCGAUGACGACGAAGAGGGUUGGCUAUACACAGCGACGACGACCCGCACCGCACCAGUCGACACUGAAGAUACAGGCGCUGCAAGUGAAACUGCAAAAACAUCUAUUGUUGAUGAUCUGCAGCCCAUGAAUAUUUUUUCGACCACAGAAACGGGUGGAAAACUACUACCGCCGACCGACGACUUCCACAAGGAGAAGAAGGUGCUGGCAACCUUUGCCGCCCCGGCAUCGCAAAGCAGCAACUACGAGAGUAGCAGCGCCUGCUCCUCCUCCAACUCAAAUUCAAACGGCAGACUCACGGAGACGUCGGCCACAUCGCGAGUCACUCAGAUGCAAGUCCACGCGGAUUCACAUCCAAAAAUGCAGAGGGACUUUCAAACCUAUGGCAAUCCAAGCGAUGCAAACAGUCGUACUGGCACUGCUGGCAACAACAAUUUGUACAGCAGCAACAUGCAACAAAAUACCAAUGAGCGACCUGAGGAACUUGAGAAAAAGAUCGUCGAUGAGAUAACUGCUGAUAUGGCAAAUGGAAACACCACCGAACCUCACCAGAUGAUCAAAAAGGGGUAUGGUCGUGAGGACACAUGCAACAACAGCGUUUCUUCAAUUAAAGAACCAGCCGAUUGUCACCUACUGUCACGAUACCCGGAGAAAUCGGCUACAGCCACCUCCCCGAAAUCGCAGGCUAGCAGCCACAAUGCAACAAUUUCCGCAUCCAUGAUGAUCGUUUCUUCAAUUAAGGGCAAGGCCUCGCAUGAUGCAAUCAAGCAAUUGGUGAUGGAAGCGGAGCAUUUGGUGCGCGACCAAGAGGUCCCUCUGAUGACACCAACCAAGCCGAAACAUUCCAUCGUCAAGAUCUCUUCCACGGUCAAGAAGCGAGAAGUAGCUCUUUCGCAUCCCACCAAGCAACGUGUGGAGGAGUGGCUGGAGCAUCAACCAUCCACACCGCAAAUGUUGACCUCCAGUCACAGCCAUGCCCACGAACUUAUGCCGCGCCGCAAGCCAGAUGGUUGUGAAGCAUCUGGAGAGGCAUCUGAAACAGACUCCAUUCCCCAUACGGGAGGAGCGGCCGGAGUUGGUCUCAACGCGCCCGGAUCAGACACAUCCGAAGGUUUUACAGAUUCCAUUGCCACCUGCAUGCAGAGAAGCACCAAUUCCUUCGGAAACUCCAUGGAGCGGAUCGGAGGAUCCGAAGAACCUAUUGAACAAACAGUCUUGACUGUGUGUAAUGAGAGCAGCAAUCAGAGCCUAAACGGAAAGGUCGUAAAGCGCCAGCAAGCGCGCCGAAAAUCAGACAGACCUUGGUCCGUGUCUUGUCUUUCACAAUUGGCAACAGACACGUCUCAGCUGGCUUCGUCCAGGACUGCGGAUAACUCUUCGCCCGGAUGGGCCAGUCAUUCAAUAAGCGAGAGUGCCCUCGACUCUCUUUCCCCAGGUCCACGGCCUAGAGCAGCUUCCUCUUCGGGAACUGGAAGCAAUACAGCUCGAAAGGCGGAUAGCAAAGGAUCACUAAGACGCAGGAAAGCCAGGAAAAAGCGCAGUUUCGCUAUUUCAGCUGGAAGGAAAUCGGAUUCUGGAUCCGAACUCGGGGGCGAUCUUACCCAAACCCUUAUAAAGUCUUGCGAAUCCAUGUCCUCACAACAACUGCAAGAGUUCACUAAUGCUUUGCUCAGCAUUCAAAAGGGAGCAUCCGUCGCUCCUCUUCACCCGAAGGCAGAGGUUACUUUGGACUGCGCCCAUGCUAAAGGGAAAUUUGGGGAAUCCCAUUUAAUGCUGCCAAAAUUCCGAGUUGGAUCCCUCACCACCGCUGGCCUAAUAGCCAGUGAUACGCGAUUGGGAGCUCUGGCAGCGUUAUCGAACUAUAUGAACGAAAACGAGCAGCAAGCUGAACUAAGUACCGAGGACCAUCACAGCAGCAUCUCGGAGACGGCCUGGGACAAUUACCAAGAGAAAUAUAACUCGGAAAACUAUUCCGAGGGCUUCGACUCUGACGCAGCCCGCCGUCUCUUGGAAUUCGGCGACGACUAUCGAAAUUUCAUCGACUCGCAGUCGGACUGCUGCAGCUCUCUUUCGGCGACUAACAACCUGGACUCGUUCUCGCCACCGCGAAUGGAUUCGUUGCAGAAGCGCGAAAUUAAGGUUACCCACAUAACUCAGGAGGCAAUCACCAACUGCGUUGAUCACGCCCGUCGACAGCGAACCCUCGACAUCCAAUACGAACGUCGUCGAAAGAACUUGGAAGUAAGACGGAAGUCUUGCCAAGACAUGGAUAAGACACCGUCGACACAAGCGAAAGUUCCCUCCCAACCGUCCCUCUCAGUCUCCACCACGGCUUUGAUUACCACGCCCAAGAAUCAAUCCAGUCAGAAGCUAAAUCAGUGGGCAGAGUCGGUAGGGCGCAAACUAGAGUUCGGUGGAAUGAGUCAUUCGGCGCAGUCCCUAUUGCGGCGCACCUCGGAGAGUGAUACCUCGACCCGAAGAAGGCGAACUUACACCGCAGAUGAUAGAAGGCGAUCCUCGAGGAACUUGGACAAUGGCAUCAAGCCUAUUCUCACCCCCGCUUCGUCGAGCAGUUGUUCAGAUUCUGAGGAUGGCGAGCAGGAGAUACGAUCGCUUUUGCUUCAGAGUCGCGAUCGCCUAGAAGAUACAAAGGCCCUCAAGAUCAGAUGCCACUUGCUCAGACCAGAGGAUUAUAACGAAAUCAUCAACACUUGCCGUGACAACAUACACUGCCUGGAGGCUGUGCUUCGGGGUCCACCCGGCACCGUGCUAUCAAAUCAUUGUGCUGACCAUACAAAAGAUUUGCUCUCCGCGUGGGGGGAUCUACUCGCCUGGACUGAAAAUGCGUCCGAAGCUAGACGGCUUCAGCAGGAGAUGAAUACUCUUAAAAAUGCAUUGCAGAGAUUGGGGGAUAACUCGUCACCGAAUCUACUAGACACAGAACCUGCCAUCCAGGUAGCCGUGGAGUCGUUAGAGUCCGAGAAAUCGCAGCUGGCGAGCUACAGGACAAAUAUGCUUCAGUUGAAUGCCUCGGUCCACAGCUGGCUAACUCGGCAGGAGCGUCGGCUUCAGAAAACCCUUGAGGAGCAACAACAGGAGUCCGAACAUGAAACGGAAAAGCCUUCCAAUCAGAUGGAAGUGGAAUCUAAGGAGUCAGUGGCCAUUACGGUCACUGAUAGCAAUGGAAACCAACUUGAGGCAGUGACCGCUGAAAAAUCAUCAAAAUCUACAGGAACUAAAGCAUGGGACGUGCUUUCUCUGGCUUCUGCGGAGAAGGAGUUCCAUAAACAUUUAAAAGGCGAAGUUAGCGAUAUGUACAGCGCGUGGGAUGAGGCAAACUCCAGAAUUAACUCCCAGCUGGAGCUGCUAACCAAUUCCCUAAUUGCCUGGCGGCAGUUGGAGUCUGGGUUAAGCGAAUUCCAUUUGGCUUUAGGUCAGGACAGGGGAACUCUUAAGGGGCUUGAAGGAGCUUUAGACAAAGGACAACAAACUUCAAUGGAGUUGGCCCAGAAUGUAAAGCUUGUAGCCAAGCUCUUGUCGGAGAAGGUUCACGUUAGUCAAGAGAAGCCUCUUGCGGCCCACCAGCAUCUGGAUCCCAAUUUUAUCUACCAUAUUUCCAAGUUUAAGGCUUCGAAUGGAUCCCUAUCGGACUCCGGCAUCUCCGAUGGAGGAGCUACAUCUGAUGGCGGUUUAUCGGAGAGGGAAAGGCGUUUGGGUGUUCUUCGCCGAUUGGCCAAGCAGUUGGAAUUGGCUUUGGCACCAGGGAGUGAGGCUAUGCGUUCUAUUGCUAUUCAAAUGGAAAACGCUGAGGCCGAAUUAAAAUACCUGCAAAACACAUGUCGGGAUUUGAUUGUCCGCACGGCAGCUACCCAUCACGAAUGGCAGCAGCCGCCAAACCAACAAAAAGAGGUGCAGAAUUCUAAGGCAAAUGAAAAAGUUCAAAAAAAGAAGCCUGUCAACAACACUCAGCCGUCAACACCAGGAAAGCGCCCCAAAAACUGCCGCAAGCCGCAGAAGUCCAAAGGAUUGGGAGAAGCAUCUAUGAAAGCGCAAAACCACUCCGAUAAGGAAAAUAAACCAGUAGCAAAUAGCAUUAAUACCAAUUGCGCCAGUGAAGGUGAUUCUACAGAUGACCAAUCGUUGCUCAUUAAUUUGGAAAGGUCAAAAGAUGACGACGAUUCGGAAUCAAAUCACUCGAGGUCUUUGCCUCGCGGGUGGGCGUGGCGCAUAGCAAGAGCGGCUGUACCAAUGCAAGUAGCUCUGUUUACCAUUUUUUGUGCGGCCUGUUUAAUGCAGCCUAACUGCUGCGACAACCUUAACAAUUUGUCGAUGAGUUUCACGCCACAACUUCGAUAUAUUCGCGGCCCGCCUCCGAUGUGAUGUUGAACAAGUGACCACUUAGCAGGCACCAAUUGGAAACCUUUUUUGGGUUUAAUUACGUUAUGCCAAGGCAUUUGCAUGUAUUUACAGUUGUAACUAAAGUGUACCUAGAGCAUGAGUCACUAUGGCAGAGCUACUAAGAGCCAGCGUAAUUAGGGUAUGGGUCCCGAACGACGUUAAACGUUGGCUGGUGGUUUUACGAUUUUUAAAUAAAAAUAGGGACAAAGGAAAAGCUAAUUUUGGCUAGCCAAACGACUUCAAUAUUUUUUUAAAUUGUAACCAUAUGGAAGCUACCCCUAAAUGUAAAACCCUAAAGAAAAAUAAAUAAAAAAAACUUCAAAACUA